AUGAUGUCCAAGCACCCAGCGUGGAUAGCGCUGUUGAGCGCAUCCGCAGGCUUCGCAUGCUCAACGCCCGAUGUUACAGAGUCCCCAACAAAUGAUACUUUUACAACGAAAUGUGCUGCCAUUGCGUCUCAACUUUCCAUCGAGCAUGGCACUGUGCACUUCUCUCAGUUCGUUUCUGCUGGGACGAAUCUUACCUUCCCUGAUAAACAUCCAGAAUGUUUCCCAGCCGCGAUCGAGGUCGUGGCAGACAUGUGCCGCGUCGCGCUGGCUGUAGCUACUACCAACAGUUCAGGCUUGACCAUGGAAGCUUGGCUGCCAUCAAACUGGACCGGGCGUUUUUUAACCUCGGGUAAUGGAGGACUUGACGGGUGUAUCAAAUAUGAGGAUAUGGUAUACGCCACCUCACUCGGCUUCGCCUCUAUUGGAACAAACAAUGGACACCAUGGAUCGAGCGGUCUUCCAUUUCUAAACAGUCCGGAGGUUGUAGAGGACUUUGCAUAUCGAGCUGUUCUUACGGGUACUGUUGUUGGUAAGGAGAUUAGCAAGACCUUCUAUGGAAAGGAACACGACAAGUCGUAUUAUUUUGGAUGCUCCACUGCUGGGCGACAAGGCUUCAAGAUGGCCCAGGACUAUCCUGAGGAGUUUGACGGCUUUGUGACUGGUGCUCCGGCCGUUGCUUUCUCUAAUUUGACAUCCUGGAGUGGACACUUCUACAACAUCACUGGACCCCCAGGUUCGCCAACCUUCGUUACACGUGCGCAAUGGGCCAUUGUCCAUCAGGAUGUUCUCAAGCAGUGUGACAUGCAAGAUGGUCUUGCAGAUGGUAUCCUCGAGUAUCCUUAUGCGUGUCAGUACGAUCCAUCUGGUCUGGUCUGUUCGGAGGGCAGUAACACAACGACCUGCCUGACGCCACUUCAAGUCGAGACUGUGAAGGGUGUCCACGCACCCCUUCUCAACGAUUAUGGUGACCUUGUAUACCCACGCCUAGCACCUGGCGCCGAGCUCGCAGCUGCGCCAAUCCUUCUGGCCGGGAAUAUUUUCCCGUACUCGGUUGAUUUCUUCCGUUAUGCUAUCUACAAUGAUCCAUCUUGGAGCCCGUAUACCCUCAACGGAACUGAUUACGACAAUGCGGCACGCCUAAACCCCUUUAACAUUCAAACCUGGGAGGGCGAUCUCAGCGGAGUGAACAACCGAGGUGCGAAGGUGCUUCAUUGGCACGGAGCUGAAGAUCCCAUCAUCUCAAGCGAAAUAUCUCCAUUAUACUACAAACACGUAAGCUCUACCAUGCGCCUGUCACCAGAGGAGCUUGACUCAUUCUACCGCUACUUCACAAUCUCGGGGCUCGAUCAUUGCAACGGAGGAACCGGUGCACACGCUAUUGGUCAGGGUAUUGGUCAAGUCAAUAGCCUUGAUCCAAAGGAGAAUAUACUGAUGGCUAUCGUGGACUGGGUUGAAAAUGGCAAUGCUCCCGAAACAGUUGUCGGCACCAAAUUCGUCAACAACACUGAGUCCGCUGGCAUCGAGUUCCAGCGAGCGCAUUGCAAGUAUCCCAAGCGCAAUCAAUACAAAGGUACAGGUGACUCGAAUGUUAUCGAGAGCUGGGAGUGUGUGGACCCUUAG